UUGUAAAUUGACCCCCUGAACUCACGUAUUCCCUGAACCCACUCGGUCCCGCCCCCGUGCGCCUCUGCAUGGUCACUGGCAGUGCCGACAGCAUUAAUAGCACAGAGUCUAGCUCUGUGAAGAAGAACUCAAUUGUAGUAGGUCAAGAUGGCAUUUCUUCACUCGUUGCGUGCGUUGCUGCUACUGUGCCUAAUCCAGCAGUCUGCAGGGUUUUGGCUUUUCAAUGUUAUUUUCCCUCCCACUGCAAAACCACAUACGGCAACCAACAACACUCCGCCGGUUAUCAUAGUUCCAGGGAAUUUGGGAAAUCGUCUAGAGGCAAAGAUUGACAAGCCAUCUCUUGUGCACUGGAUGUGUUACAAGAAAACAGAUGACUUUUUCACUCUCUGGAUAGAUCUCAACAUGUUCAUGCCAAUUGGCGUUGAUUGUUGGAUUGACAAUAUCAGGAUUGUGUACAACAGGACCACACAUAAGACGUCCAAUGCUCCUGGUGUGGAGGUGAGGGUUCCUGGCUUUGGGCAGACUUACCCAAUUGAGUUUCUGGACACAAACAAAUUAGCAGGUUAUUUCCACACCAUGGUGCAGCAUCUGGUCAACAUGGGCUAUGUUCGCAAUGAGACCGUUCGGGCAGCUCCUUAUGACUGGAGGAUUGCCCCAAACGAACAGGAGGAUUACUUCAAUCGGUUACGGGACCUGGUCGAGGAGAUGCACGACACAUACCAGCAGCCGGUCCAUCUGCUUGGCCACAGCAUGGGCAGCAACUACAUCUUGGUCUUCCUGAAGCAGCAAAGCCAGGAGUGGAAGGACAAGUACAUCAAGAGCUUCAUAUCCCUUGGCGCGCCAUGGGGAGGGGCUGUCAAACCCCUGAGAGUGCUGGCGUCAGGUGAGAACGAUGGCAUCCCUCUGGUGUCCAAUAUAAAGAUCCGAGAGGAGCAGCGCAUGACGACCACCAACCCAUGGAUGAUCCCCUUUGAGGAAGCCUGGCCAAAUGACCACGUGUUCAUAUCCACCCCCUCCUUCAACUACACCUACCAGGACUACAAGCGCUUCUUCCAGGACAUCAACUUUGAGGAUGGCUAUCACAUGUGGGAGGACACCAGGAACCUCACGGCCGGUCUGCCCACUCCAGGCGUGGAGGUCUACUGCUUUUACGGAGUGGGGCUCCCCACACCGGUCACCUACGUGUACGACGAGGAGUUCCCCAACGCCGACCCAGUGGACAUGCUCUACGAGGACGGCGACGACACGGUGGACAGUCGCAGCAUGAGUCUGUGCAAGCGCUGGGUGGGUCAGCAGGAGCAGCCGGUCCACGUGAAGGAGCUGUGGGGACUGCCCCACCUGGACAUGGUCUUCAACCCCCGGGUCCUGCUCAUGCUCCAGAGGAUCUUCGAGGGGAAGCACAUCGACGACGUGUACCGGGCGUACGACUUUUACCCCACACGGGCACCUCGGCCUCAGAACAUGAGCCUGUUGCCCACGGUUGAGCCCCUAAUCUCCCCACCCUAGGCCAAGCUUGCGUGGAAGUGGAGGCAGACGCAGCGUUCUGUUUAGAGUACAUACCUGCCCGUCAUGAGUGCAUAUGGAAGGAGAAAUAUUAAAGAGUGUUAAAGAAAGUAAUCUGGUAACUCAGUGCCAAACAUCACACACAUCAGCGAGACAACCGUGUUUUUUUAAGAUGGAGAAAAGGUUCCUGCUCUGUACAGACUCUUAAAGCCUCAAGCAUUCAGUUGUACAGUAUGUAUUACUUGUGGUGUCUUUCCAUUAUGUGUUGAAGAUGGAUAUUUUAGGUACCUAAAAUACAAAUUGUUUCUUUUUUAUUGUGUUUGUGAAUUUAUUUGUAUUCUAAUUAUUAUGUAUACAACAUUUUUGUGUAUAUAUAUAUAUAUAUAUUUAUGGACUUUUAUAUGACUGGAUGCCUUAGGUUUGACCUGAUGAUUCUUCAUGUGACUGACUCCAGACUGUAGUGCAAACAUUAUGUGGUGUGUAUUGGUUAAACCAAAUAGCAGAAAUAAAAUGUGAUGAAAAUAACAUUAA